UCUUCUUUCUUGGAGCAAAUAAAGAACAAUCACAGGAUUAUUGGUUAAAAUUUUACUCCUCUGUGAAGCAAAAUCUGAAUAUUUUGUGUGUUUGUUGUCUUGAAAAGUAUCUUGGUUUUAUGUCGUUGUAAAAAUGAUACAUAGCUUGUUCAUUAUCAAUCAUUCAGGUGAUAUAUUUUUGGAAAAACAUUGGAGAAGUGUCUUGGGACGUUCAGUAUGUGAUUAUUUCUUUGAAGCUCAGGGAAAGGCAAAUUCUCCUGAAGAUAUUCCUCCUGUUAUUGCAACAGGAUUCAGUUAUUUAAUCAGCAUAUUCAGAAAUGAUUUGUUCUUUGUUUCUGUUGUUGAAAGUGAAGUUGCACCACUCUUUGUGAUUGAGUUUCUUCAUAAAGUGGUUGACCUAAUUGUGGAAUAUUUCUCAGACUGUUCAGAAACUAUCAUCAAAGACAACUGUGUUGUUGUAUAUGAGUUGCUGGAGGAGAUGCUCGAUAAUGGGUUUCCUUUAGCAACGGAAUCCAAUGUUUUAAAAGAACUUAUCCGACCUCCAAGUAUUGUCAGAAAUGUCGUAAAUAAAGUCACAGGAGACAGCAAUCUAAGUAGCCAUCUACCUACGGGUCAAUUAUCCAAUGUUCCUUGGAGAAGAACUGGAGUGAAAUAUGCAAAUAAUGAAAUAUAUUUUGAUGUUGCUGAGAGUAUUGACGCCAUUAUAGAUAAACAGGGAACAACAAUAUUUUCUGAAAUUCAAGGAACAAUUGAUUGCAACUGCAAAUUAUCUGGAAUGCCAGAUCUCAAUAUGUGUUUCAUAAAUCCAAGGGUGCUGGAGGAUGUUAGUUUUCAUCCAUGCCUUCGUUUCAGGAGAUGGGAGUCUGAACGUAUUCUGUCAUUUGUUCCACCAGAUGGACGUUUUCGAUUGAUAUCAUAUAAUGUUAGCACAGGAGUACAUAUGUUACCUUUGUACGGCAAGCCUCGAGUUCUUUUCCAAGAGGGAGGGACUGGAAGAUUUGAGUUAACUGUAGGGACAAAACAAAAUAUGGGUAAAAACGUGGAAAACGUUGUGGUGACCGUUCCUUUUCCAAAACAAGUUCUCAAUGUUAACCUGUCCCAGAAUGUUGGUACAUAUUCGUUUGAUCCAAUAAAGAAAGAACUUACUUGGGAGAUUGGCAAAUUACAAGCACAGAAUCCUACACCAAGUAUUAAAGGCAACAUAUCUUUACAAACUGGCGUCCCUCCUCCUGAAGAGAGUCCCACCAUAUUUCUAAACUUUAAAAUCAGUGCCUAUGCUGCCUCAGGUUUGAAAGUUAGCAGGCUUGAUAUCUAUGGAGAGAAAUACAAACCGUUCAAGGGAGUGAAAUAUUACACAACAGCUGGAAGAUAUCAGAUAAGAACCUAAUUAGAAUAUGCAAUAAAUAACAACAAUAUUUUUCACAUAAUUCACUUAAAGCUAGGCUUCUAAAUUCAAAAAUCUCAGCCGUCAAAAGUAUAAAUGAAGAAAUAGUAAAUUAUAGGAAGGAAUUUCUAGCGGGCGUUUUCUAUCAGCUAGGUUGAUUUCAAUCAUUCUUGCCAAAGAAAAAAAAUACAAUACUAUAGGAUCAGCUUACUUUUCCUUUGGUAAAAUCUGGUUGAAAUAAAUAAUUAAGCAGGUGCAAACUCGCGCAAAGCCCAUUUUCCACUAGGCGAAUUUAUUCGCGCGAACAGAUAAAAAAUAGAAAGCGAUUCUGCUUUUUCGCGCCGAAAUUUUUCGCAAAACAAUCACAUCACUGGAUUUCAGAUAUCGCUUCGCGUCGCGCGAAUAAAUUCGCCCAGUGGAGAACUGAAACAAUAAAUGAAUCUCAUUAUGUCAGAUGUUGAAAUUGCAUUAAAAGAAAACUCGAAAUGUAAAUCAACUUGGCUCAUAUGAACACCCCAUAAUUAGCAUAUAUGCACGGAAAUUAUAAUAUUUUUAAAAACAUUUCUCUGCAAAAUUUUGCAACAAUAGUAUAUUCGCCUGUUAUUCAAGGUUAGCCAGCAUUCUUGAACAAAUUUAUAAAUUUAUCUCGUUUUGACGAAGUUGAGAAAACGCGUGAC